ACUCUGUAUAAAGACAAGGCUGUGUGUAACCACCGAUAACAAUAAACACUUCUUCGAGGGCAGAAAGAACCCAUUCGUUACCUGACUGCUGAGUCAGUCCCAAAGAAGGGGCUGGGAGGCUGCAGCCAUGCUCCCUUCCCAGGCUCUCCUGCCUGCUGUGGUGUUUGCCCUCGCUGCCCUUCAGGCUCUUGCCUCCAACACCUUCCUGGCAGCCGUCUACGAGCACGCCGUCAUCCUGCCAGAUGCCACCGACCUGCCCGUUUCUCCCAGCCAGGCUUUGGCCCAGAUGAACAAAAACAUGGAUGUCUUGGAAGGAGCCAUCAAGGAAGCUGCCCGGCAGGGUGCCCACAUCAUUGUGACUCCUGAAGAUGGCAUCUAUGGCUGGAGAUUCACAAGAGAAUCCAUCUACCCCUACCUGGAGGAUAUCCCUGAUCCCGUGGUGAACUGGAUACCCUGCACUGACCCCUCAAGAUUUGGUCCAGCACCAGUGCAGGAACGACUCAGCUGCAUGGCCAGAAAUAACUCCAUCUAUGUGGUUGCAAAUAUUGGGGACAAGAAGCCGUGUGACUCCAGUGAUCCCAGCUGCCCCAGGGACGGUCGCUACCAGUACAAUACAGAUGUCGUCUUUGACACACAGGGGAAACUGGUGGCUCGUUACCACAAGUACAAUCUGUUUAGAGGUGAAACUCAGUUUAAUUAUCCAAAAGAGCCAGAAGCUGUCACCUUUGAGACUCCUUUUGGGAAGUUUGGCAUUUUCACUUGCUUUGACAUCCUUUUCUACGAGCCUGCCGUGGUCCUGGUGAGCAAGAUGCAGGUGGACACUGUGCUCUUCCCGACAGCUUGGAUGAAUGUCCUGCCCUUUCUGACUGCAAUUGAGUUUCACUCUGCCUGGGCUAUGGGCAUGCGUGUUAAUUUACUUUCAGCAAAUACUCACAGCACCAGCAAGGCAAUGACAGGCAGCGGGCUGUUCACGCCACAAGGACCUGCCGCCUACCACUACGACAGUGCCACCGAGGAGGGACGUCUCCUGCUAGCAGAGCUGAGCACACACCCCCGUCUUUCCCCCACCUACCCUCCUGCCAUCAACUGGAGUUCGCAUGCCACGAGCAUCAAGAAAUUUCCUGGAGAAAACGACACUUUCUCGGGAGCUGUCCGGAGGGAUAUAUUCACUUUCAGUGAACUCAGGCACAAGGAUGGAAAUUGCACUGUUUGCCAAGGAGAUCUUUGCUGCCAUCUGGUCUACCAGAUGUCAAACAAGAGUGAAGAUGAAGUUUAUGUCCUGGGUGCAUUUGACGGGCUUCACGGUUCUCUCAUAAAAUACCAUUGGCAGGUAAUUCCAUUUUUAGAGGUGAGUGUGGCCACAGGCCGAUCACCUAAAAGCAUUUGUCCAUUACUGCAUCCUGGGAACUUUUCUUGCUGUCAAAUGCAGCUUGUGGUUGCUGAAAGCUUAGUGGUGUUUUUCCUUUCUGUCUCCCCACAGAUCUGCAGUCUCCUCAAGUGCCCCAGCACAAACCUGAGCACGUGUGGGCAGCCCGUGGAGACAGCUCAGACCAAGUUUGAGAUGUUCUCCCUCAGUGGCACGUUUGGCACCAGCUACGUCUUCCCAGAAGUGCUGUACAGCGGGGUGCAGCUGGCCCCUGGGGAGUUCGAGGUGCUACGUGAUGGGCGUUUGAAAAGCAAGCAUGGCACGUCGAAACCGCUCGUAACAGCGACACUUUUUGGAAGGCUUUAUGAGAAGGACCCGCCACAUCCUCUGCGAAUUUCCCCUGAAGUCUCUCCUUAGGAGUUACAGACUCACCAGAGACAAGAGGGCAAUUUCUUGCUGAACCGUAGCAGUUACCCUGUAUGAUUCCUGUUCUACAAUAUUUCACUUCUGCUCAGCAGCUGUUCCAGUUGGGAUUAUUUGGGAGAAAGUGAUUUGUUCACUCUGUUGUGCAUGCCUUUUUAACUUUUAGUGCUUCAGCCAGUGCAAUUAUUUUUUAGUGUUCAUGAUCUGUCACGUGAACCUUUCAAGCAGAAAUUUUGUUUCCCUCAAGAUAUCAUAUAGAUUCCUAGAAUUACAGUAGAAAGAAGACUGAUAGCAAAAUCUAUGAAAUAUGGCUUGUCAUUUUAUUGGAGAAUGAAUUCUCUCCCAGAAA